AAUGUACCUUUAGUUUAGCGUAGCGGCGCAGUGCGUUGUUUUAUUUUGUAAUCAUUACGUUUUAAAAUGGCACCAAUGUGCAAAGUGCUACGGACUUGUGGUUUAAUAGUUUAUUUAGUUAUUGUAGUAGUGGCUCUUCAGGAUAGUAAUACAGAACCAAGAAUACAUAAGUUGAAAGUGUUGAAGAAAAAUUGUGUGGAAACAAAUUGUAAAUAUUUACUAAAUGCUGCUGGUGGUGAAUUUCUCGGUCAUUAUUCUUGGAGGUUGACCUCUGAGGGUGGUGUAGAGGGUGGUAACUGUGACGUGAGCUACCCAAAUUAUGAGAUACGCGAAAUUGAAACGAAUCAAUGGCAGACAGUGUCCGAAGUGACCGUGCCGAAUGAAAACGGAAAGAUAUACUUUUGUUUACGUUCGAAAAAUAAGGAUAACAGCCCCUAUAAUUGGAAAUGGGUGCACCAAGGCGAGGAAAUUUAUUUGGAUCCCAAAAACGACGAAGUUACGCAUUCCAUGGAGAAAAUAUCGCAAGCGACACAAACCACAGAUAUAUCACAAAACACGAAAGCUAUGGAAGACACAAAUUGGACAGACUUAUCGGGCGAUACAGAUGUGAACUAUUUGACUCCUAAACCUAGACUCACUAGGAGGGAACUUGACAAUAUUGAUAUAUUAUCCGUUGAUGAUAAUACUAUCAUAUUUAAAGAUCUUGUUAGAAGUCAUGGAUUCAACGACAAAGAUACCUAUAAUGGUAUGUCUGAUGAUGAUGUUGUCAAAAAUGUAGCCGUAAGACUAAAAGACAAACCUGUUGAUAGAAGGAAACGAGAAACACUCACUACGAUAUCUGAUGAUAGUCAAACUACACGUGUUACGAGACAAAUCACAGAUGUAACAGAUACGGUAGUGGCAGAACCGAUGGAGGUAGUUGUUGAUGGUGUAAGGAUUGAGGAUUCAGCGAAGGAACCGAAGAUAACUGAAGAUGGCGUGCCCAGUGUUUUAGCUGGCACGGCUGUCACUUUGAGGUUAUUUGGAGAUGGUCUCACACCACGUACAGUCAUAGCUUUUACCGAUUACGCUCAAGAUGUAGGAUCGAAAUGCAAGUUUAUGCUGAAAGGAGAGUACAUGGCACGAGAGGGUUCAGUUUCGCGAAAAUCCGCGUUGUUCGAUAUUGUAGCGCCACCAUCAACUACCGAUGCAAAAUUGUACUUAUGUGUUAAAAAUUUGAGAGAAAACGUAGUGGACUUGACAAAAGAUGAGGAUAAAUAUGUGCACCAAGGAACUGAUCCGUACAAAGUUUUCGCAACUCAUAACUCGCUUUUACCGCUGUGGGUGACGUUGAUAUUGAUACUCGUAUGUUUGAUGUUCUCCGCCCUGUUCUCCGGAUUGAACUUGGGUCUCAUGUCAUUGGAUCGGACCGAGCUGAAGAUUAUAUCAAAUACAGGCACGGAACAAGAGAGGAAGUACGCUCGAGCCAUCAUGCCCGUCCGGGACCACGGGAACUAUCUGCUCUGCAGCAUUUUACUUGGCAACGUUGCUGUGAACUCCACCUUCACUAUACUACUGGACGAGCUGACUUCGGGACUGUUCGCUGUGAUCUUCUCAACGUUGGCCAUUGUACUCCUGGGGGAGAUCACCCCUCAAGCGAUAUGCUCCAGGCACGGGCUCAUGGUCGGAGCUAAGAGCAUAGUGGUCACUAAGGCAGUUAUGGCGCUAACGGCACCGCUAGCAUUCCCAGUGAGCAAACUACUGGACUACUUCCUGGGGGAGGAGAUAGGCAGCGUCUACAACAGGGAGAGGCUCAAAGAGUUGGUCAAGGUGACUACGGACGUGAAUGACCUUGACAAGGACGAGGUGAACAUCAUAUCUGGUGCCCUGGAGCUGCGCAAGAAGACAGUGUCCGAUGUGAUGACCAAGCUGGAAGACGUGUUCAUGCUGCCCAUCAGCUCCGUGCUGGACUUCGAGACCAUGUCCGAGAUCGUAAAGUCGGGCUACUCCCGUAUACCAGUGUACGAAGGCUCCCGCACGAACAUAGUGACCGUGCUGUUCAUCAAGGACCUGGCGUUUGUGGAUCCCGACGAUAACACGCCGCUGAGGACCCUCUGCCAGUACUACCAGAACCCCUGCAACUUCGUGUUCGAGGAUGUCACCCUGGACCUGAUGUUUAAGCAGUUCAAAGACGGUCACAAAGGUCAUAUGGCCUUCGUCCAUCGCAUUAACAACGAGGGGGAGGGUGACCCCUUCUACGAGACCAUAGGGUUGGUCACACUCGAGGACGUUAUUGAGGAAAUGAUCCAAGCCGAGAUUGUGGAUGAAACCGACGUAUUCAUGGACAACCGCACGAAACGCCGCCGCAACCGUCCACAGAACAAGCUGCAGGACUUCGCCGCGUUCGCCGAGAGGCACGAGAACCAGCACAUCCACAUCUCGCCGCAGCUCACCCUGGCCACCUUCCAGUUCUUGUCCACGAGUGUGGACGCCUUCCGCCCGGACACCGUCUCGGAGACGGUACUUCGUCGGCUUCUACGACAGGACGUGAUACAGCAUAUAAAAGUGAAGGGGAAAACGAAGAAGGACCCUAGCACUUACGUCUUCCAACAGGGGAAACCGGUGGAUUACUUCGUGUUGAUCUUGGAAGGUCGCGUGGAGGUGACAGUGGGUCGCGAGAACCUCGUCUUCGAAGCUGGGCCGUUCACUUACUUUGGGGUUCAGGCGCUCAUGCAGAAUGUUGGUGUUGCGGAGUCCCCCACGCCCUCGGCCAUGGGCUCCCUGCAGAACAUCAACAUGGAUUCCCAGCUGCGCCACACAUUCGUACCGGAUUACUCGGUGCGAGCCAUCGCUGAACUCUUCUAUCUCACUGUCAAACGGUCAUUGUAUUUAGCAGCGAAGAGAGCCACUCUGAUGGAGAAGGGUGCUUUGUCCAAGGGCGCUACGAACGAGCAGUUCGACACUGAAGUUGACAAGUUACUGCAAUCCGUUGACGAAGACAUCAGCAUCACUGGCGAACACAAGACUCCUUCUAGACAGGUGUCCCCCAACCCGAUCCCCGUGUCGGCUUCGCCCCACACUCGCGCUUCGUUUACGCGUCGCGCUUCCCCGGCGAGAGAUAUUCAGUGUGACGAGCAAGAGAAACUGUUAAAAUGAAUUGUUACAUUGUGUCCUUGUAUUAGGUAUCCGGGUAAUGAGAAUGUAUACAAAAAUCGCGCAUAAAAUCUCUUUUGCAAAAUAUAUCUUUUGCAAAAUGCCUAUUUUUGCAAAAAUAUACCUUUGGGAAAAUGUCUUUUUUUUGCAAAAUAUCUAUUGCAAAAGAUAUUUUUUGCAAAAUGUAUCUUUUUACAAAAUGUCUCUUUUGCAAAAUAUAUCUUUUGCAAAAUGCCUUUUUUGCAAAAUAUCUCUUUGGCAAAAUGUCUUUUUUUUGCAAAAUUGCAAAAGAUAUCUUUUGCUAAAUGUAUAUUUUUACAGAAUGUCUCUUGCAAAUUUUCUCUGUGGCAAAAUAUAUCUUUUGCAGAAUGUCUCUUUUUUGCAAAAUGUCUAUUGCAAAAUAUAUCUUUUGCAAAAUAUAUGUAUCUUUUGCAAAAUGUCGAGUCAAGGACUUAAAUCAUAAUUUUCUAUGAUGAUAAUUGAUUUUGCAGGGAUCUAUAUUUAACUAACAAUUAUCAGAGCGAAAUCGUUAAUCAUCAUCAAAAAUAUAUUUAUAACACAUUGUAUUUUUUGCAAAUUGCGCGCUCUAAUUCCCUCAGUUCUCUAGAGAUUAAAAAAUAUAUAUAUUUAUAGUUCUCCUGGAUACCUAAAAAAACAUAUAGAAGAGAAAAAUUAUAGUUUGUGACCAGAGUAUAACAAAAAGAGUGCAUCUAAAUCGUUUUUUUUUUAAUGCAACUGGAAUCUUGCUAUUCGAAGAGAAAAACCGGUAUUUUUUAACGAUUCUAAAAAUAUGCAGCUGGGGACAUGAUUGAAAUAAAUAUAUACGGGACAAAUUACACAGAUUGAGUUAGCCUCGAAGUAAGUUCGAGACUUGUGUUACGAGGUACUAACUCAACGAUACUAUAUUUUAUAAUAAAUACUUAUAUAGAUAAACAUCCAAGACCCAGGCUAAUAAGAAAAAGUUAUUUUCUCAUCAUGCCCUGGCCGGGAUUCGAACCCGGGACCUCCGGUGUCACAGACAAGCGUACUACCGCUGCGCAGACGCCGUUAAAGAAACCGUUAUUUUUUUACAAUUACAAAAAGAUGCAGUUGGGGACAUGAUUGAAAGAAAGAAACCGUUAUUUUCAUGGUAUCGGUUACAGUUAUAACUUCUCUUUUAUUUUUAAUUUCUCAAGUUCCUAUAUUACUUGUGUUUAAAGUACUUAACAUUCUAGUCAGUAUUAUGAACGAAUGUAAUUCUUUUGAAUCUCAUUUAUUUUCUGUCAACAGUAUUAUGAGGAUGGAAACUGUCAAAGUGUUAAAAAUGAUUAAAUAAAUAUAAAAAAAAUUAUGUCAUCGCGGCUAUACGUUGAUUAAUGUUACAUUCAAUGCAAGUACAUAUUUCAUUUCAUUUUAGGAAUAAAUUAAAAAAAAUACAAGGAAUAGAUAAUAAAUCACUUAGUAUUUACAAAUAGGGUGCACUUAUGUAGGUGAUAAACAUAUAAUGAAUAUUAAAAUUUAUAAUAAUAUCCACUGAUUGGAAUUACCUCAGUAUUCAUAGUUCUAUUGUGAAGAAUAUAAAUAAGAUUUUAUACCACUUAGAUGAUUGAUUCCAAAUCCUUAUUUAUAAAUAAUAUAUAAAGUAAAUAAUGUCUGUCCGUUGGAAAACUGAACUGAUGAACCCAUUUUAGUGGAAUUUGAAAUGGAAAUGGUUGAAGAACCGGGGUCAAACUUGGCUUAAAGACGAACUACGACGUAGAAGCUUCCUUAGUUGUCUAUUCUUUAAAAACCUCUUUAUUAUCAGUGAUGUGCAUUCAGUUAUUUUCAUUUAUAUAAAAUAUUUUUGUCUGCGGUUUUUAUUUUUAAUUUAUGUUGCGCUCGUCAAUUUGUAUAAUCUAUCAGACCCACGACGCAAGUAUAGAAGUUAUGUGUUGUUUAUUUAAUGAAAUUUAAUUGAAAAAAAUAAACCGACUAAUUUAAAUUUUCGUAGAAAAUGUAUUAACAUUAACCGGUUAUUGUGAAAUAGUGACAGACGAAUUUAUAGUUGAGCGAAAUUCUCUUUUACCAGUGAAUUUUAUUAGUUUAUAGUUUAUACCUUGUAGACUGAUGUUUUAGUUUAGAUAUGGGCGUGAAUACUUAAAAUGUAAUGUAAGAAUUGUUAUUUGAUUUAGUAAACUCAUCCACGAGUAAUGAAUUUGUAGUAUUAUUAAAUAAUUUUUUAUAGGUGCAUGCCAAGUAGCUUCUGCAAAUAGUACUUAAUUGUGUAGUUAUAUUAAAGACGUUUCUUUAGUGAUAAAUACGGCCACCAGAACGCCUUAAAAGUACAUACUAACCAAUGUAUAGAAUUUAUUCAGAUUUCAUUGUUCAGAUUAAAUUACAAUUAUUAUACAUAUGUGAAUUAUGCAAAUAAAUGUUUAAAUUCUAUAACUGCGUUCAACAAACCUUUGGAAUUGUCCGACAAAAAAUAGACAAAAUAUCAGAAUAUAGUUUCUGAAAUUUUAUUCAGCAAGAUGGCUCCCACUUAAUUAUCUUUAUCAGGUACUUUAUUUUUAAUGUUUCUUAGGUGCUUGUUUUCCUUAUAAUAGUAAGUAUGAUGUAAACUACAGAGCUGGAAAACGGUUUUACAGAAACCUUUAUUAUUUCGUUCUCAAUUGGUUUUUUUUUUAGUUUACUUCAAUAUUUUCUGUUCCGUACCUACGUAAUAUAACGCUCUCUAGUAGUAUUACAUUUUAUUAUCAGGUUUGAGUUAAGUCUCUGAGUCCUUAUCAUAACAAUCUCAAUCGUAACAUACAGAUUUAAAAAAAGGACAAUUAUUAUCGGUACUUAAUUACAUUUAUUUCCAAGUGGAAACUUGUAAAUAAUUGUGAUAUAUUUAUUAACCCAGAUCUGAGUAUUAGUAUUGUGUUGUACACUGCGCGGUUGGAACGCUGCUUUCGAACGCUCCAAUGUCAAUGACAUCCGUGUAAAAUGAAAAUUAGUCAUGGAGACUGAUUUUCAGUCGUCAUAUCAAAUGUAAUUUAUAAUAUUGUAUUUAAUUUCGAUAUUUAGUCCACAUUAAAAUCAUGUGUUUCCAAAAAACAAGUAUUAUAUAGAUUAUAUAUGGACUUGUUAAUAAUAAGAACCUGUCUUUUUUACUUAUAAGUUACAAAACCCAUCGAUUUAAGCGACAGAGCUUUUGUAGUCGCCUAAACCUUUUUAAUUUUUAGAGCUUCAUACGUAAACAUAUGACAAUAAAUAGUUAAAACGUGUUAUUAAAAAUAAACUUCAUGUUAAUUAAUAAAUAAAUAUACUUCUCCAUUUAAGUCUGUUGUCACUAAAAAUAAUGGUGGUAUUAAAUAUUUUAUACUUAUUAGUACCAUUGGUAUAAUUAGAUUACCCUGGCGCGAUGCUUAAUCUGUUUGUGUUUUAAAAUAUGUAUUUGUUUUUCUAAUAUCUAGUUUCAGAAACGCAGCGUUCCAACCGUCCCGUGUGUAGUCUACCUUAGAUGUUAUUAAUGUAUUAAUGUGUUGAGGAAAAUGUUGAUUGUUAAUGGAAAUAAUAGUUAAGAUCAUUUG